AUGUCUUCCCACUCCUUUUCUUUUACACUAUUUCUUCAUAUUGAAGAUGAAUAUAAUAGUGUCAAUGACUUUGACCCAUCUGGAACAUCAGAAGAUACUUUUAACCUUUUAGCUGAUGACACACAAUUAUUUGUUUUAAAUGAGAAAGAGUCUUUAAGUGAGUUUUUUAAAAAUAACUACAAAGAAGUUAAAAAUAUUGAACUAUUGUACUUUGUUACGCUGGAUAUGACUUUCAUAAACUGGAAAAAACUUGACGAAUGGCUUGAAAAUCAUGGAUUAGAACAAGACUUUGCAUUUACGAUUACUCACAAUGAUAAAAAUAAAGAUGAUGGUUUUCUUCGAUAUU